AACGUGGAAAUUAAGCACGCACCGUGCGUACCUAUGCAAGCGUGGAUUGAUCCCUGGUGCAUUGAAAGCUACAACGUAUGUCCCCGUCCGCGGCUUAACAAAACGCUCUCGCCGAGUUUGAGGGAUCCGUCCAAAUCCUUUAAAUUCUGAAUCGAGACCAUCGCUAUUUAUCUUCUCUGUCUGAAGGAAAUUUGCUCAUCCUAUACCGUUUCCCCUCAAAACGGCUGUCUACUUCUUCCGCGUAUUCGUUUCACGCUCAAUGAUCACUUGAUAAAGAGUAAUCGAUUGAUUAAAUAAAAUACAGGUUUUUUUUUUAAAAAAUCUUCGAUCGUGAUUCUUUUUAAAUGGAAAGCAUUGGGCGAUCGCGUUUUUCCUCUUAUAUAAAAACAUUCGUACUCACAUUUUCUUAAAUACACCCCUCAAACGAUUAAAGUAAUUUGAAGGAGAACGUUGGAACGGUCCCGUCUUAAGAUUAGACGCGACAAAGGCACGCGCUCAUUUCAAUCCCUUCUUGCAUUUAAAGAUCGAUAUUCGGAGUCGUACGCCGAGAUUCUUCUCCUUUCAGUAGUGUAAACAUAUCCUCGAUACGUCCGUGGAACGCAUCGAAAGAAGACGCGGAGGAAGAGGCGUGGAAGGGGGAAAGAAGCGAGAGAUACGAGGAGAAAAGAUUCUCUUUUGCCUAUAUCUGUUUUCCACUUUUUUCAUCCCCCCGGUGGCAGGCCGUGCUUGUACUCCUCUCCGUCUCUCCCCGUCUCUCCCCAUCCCCCCGUCGUUUCUCUUCCCUCUUUUUUUAGUGCCGCCCUCUCGUUCCUUUUUCCUUGCUCUUCCCUUCUUCCCAUCCUUGUCCGCGCACCGCGCUCGCUCUCCCCGUCCCUUUCUUUUCCAUCCUCGCCUCAAAAUGUGGCAUUCAACAGGGCUUCUACGGUGCUUGCGGUGGUGCGGAAUCCGCGCCGGUUUGCCGCGACGCGGGGUGCAUCGGGGAAAUGAUGCGCAGAUUGGCCGGAUCAUCUCAAAAACCACCACCCUCCGCCUCCAGCCCUCCUCCUACUACCGUUCGUCCCCUCUGAUUUCUCUUUCUCUCUCCCUCUUUCUUUCUCCACCUCUCUCGCUCCUUCUCGCUCGCCCUCUCGCCCCUUGUCGCAGGCACCCCGCUAUCUCCCUCUCCGUCAUUCUCGCGCUCGUACACUCUCGACGGUCGCCAGGGAUGGAAUACAACCCCCACUUUCGCCACUGCCGCCGAACAACCACCCUGCCACCGCUGCCUGCCACGGUGCCCGACGACGAGUGACUGAGUCCUCCGAUUAUUAUCUCAUUUGCUGGCACGAGCACCACGCCACGUUACCGUCGCCCACCAGGAUCCCCGUGAUAGAUCCUUGCUUCCGUGGAUCACCGAGAAGAACCACCCCGGAAACCACCAACCUGUCGCCUCGUGUACAGUGAACCAGCAGCAGAAACAUGACAACGACCACGGGUGACCCCUCGACUCUGAAGAGUCCAGCCUCGUUGUCCGGCGGCGACCUGGUCUCCCGCCUCCUGGCGGCGACGCCGCCCUACUUGUACAACGUGCCCUUGACGCCGCACAGCUUCUUCUUCAGCGAGAUGCUGCGCUCGUUCGUGCAGGCGAAGAGCGAGGUGUCGUCGGCUAGCAACACGUCGACGAGCGUGCCACGCCGCCGCAAGAGAUCGUGGAGGGACGCCCGGGAUCGACCGUUGGAGCUGACCACGAAGGAGAGGCAGCAGCACCAUCACCAUCACCACCACCAUCAUCACUCGCAACAGCAACAACAGCAGCAGCAGCAGCAGCAGCAACAGUCGACGAUGGACAAAUACUUCCAACAUGGGCAACAGCAGGCGGAGACGAGAUUGGAGAACGGGGGCAAGCAGAGCGACGGCUACGACCCGGCCAGCAAAGUGGGCAACUUCGAGCAGAAGCCAAGCUUCGCCACGGACAUGUUGAAACCGGUUGACGAGAACAAGGCCGAGUUCGGGAAGCAGAGCAAGUGUUUCUUCGACGAGAGGCCGCGCCACUUCGAGCAGGCCCAGCCGCCCGAGACAAUGUUCCCCGGCGAGCUGCAGAAGGUGAAGCCGGAGGAGACUCACUCGAGCGAGCGCAAGAGUUGCAAUUACAACGACAGAAACCCGUACGACGCCGCGAAGGGGAAUCCGAUAGGUAAUCAAGAGUUGCCCCCUCUCCUGUCGGACCAGAAGAAGCUCGAUUUCUCGAGGAAUUUUCUCCCCGGCCUUCCACCACGGGGCUGCGAAAUGCUCCCAUCCGUGAAAGGAUUCGGCCUACCCGGGAACGUGGCCAACCCGGAAUUCCUCCCCGGCCCGCUUUGGUACCCGCCCUAUCCAAUCCCUCAGUCAUAUCCGGGCAUCGAUCCCUUGCACUUUUUCAUCGAUCUUCGCGUGUCCGGUCACAUUUGGGACAGGAAGCUGAGCGAGAGGCAGCUCCCGUUCAAGGGGAAGCACUGCUCGGCCUUCAGCGUGCCCCAGUCCAAGGAGUACAACAGCAACAGACCGUUGAACCUGACGAGGGACGAGGCUGGCACGUCGAGGAACGGCGAGGAAAAUCCACGCGGCACCAAUUACAUCCUCAGACAUCUGACCAGGACGUACAGGGACAUCGGCCAGGCGAGGAAAGGAUCCAGGAGCGAAACGUUGGCAGAGAGCGAGGAUAAUUCGAAGGACGUUGAUAACAAUAGCGAGAGGUCCCCGAAGCAGGAGGACAUCGCGGUUGCCUCGUCGAGCCCGGAAGAGGAGAGGAAAGAUCUUCGAGCGUUGAUAGGGUUGGAGUUGGUUGUGGAUUACGUGAAAGAGCCGAAGGGGGAUACCUCGAACGAGCAGACUUCGCAAGUAACCGAAUAACUCGUGAAGAUCGAACCAUCCUUUUUUUCGUUAUCGCCUGUAUAAAUUAGCAUGUAGCUUACCGACACUUUCACCGACCUACGGCCUGAUUUUCACUCGACCACUUCGUCGUUCAUAUAGAGAGAGAGACUUAAGAAAAAAAACGCGGAAACUUCUUUCGAUCGUUGCAGAAGAAAUCAAAACUUAUCGUCAACCGAAUGUUAGAUUUGCUAAUUGCUAUAUCGCGUUAUACUUAAUGAUAAACAAUAUAUUUCGUAUCCCUCGCAUCUCUUAAGAAAUUUCAUUUCUUAAUAUAAUAUCUAUCGAGGUUUUAUCAUCGUUUCUAUCCUUUCACGAACGAAUUUUAUUCUUUCUGCAAACUUUUUUUUCCUUUUAGAGACAUUUCUAUCGAGAUUUACUCCUAAUUUAUUAUAAUUACUUUUUUCCCGAGUAUAUAAACGAUGAGUCGAGUAUUGAAUUUCCGAGUAUUGUUUUUCCGAGAUAUUCUUUUAGCUUUUAGUUUCAUUUUCUUUUCCUAUUUUUAUUAGACGUGAAUAUUUAGAAACAACUUUGCACAUUUAGAGACGAUAAUUAAAAAACCUAGCAGCCUCGAACUUUCAUCUGGUGCUAUCUGUCGCGUAAAUGGCAAACCGUGGAUGUUCCGUUUCUAAUCCUGACGGUAUCCUCCAGAUAUCGAUCGAUUCGCGAUGUAAUCGAACGUGUAACACGUAGCUUACGACGUUUCUUUUCUUACUCUUUUUUUUCUUUCUUUUUUUUGAUAUCAUUGUUCACGCACUUAGCAGACAGAGUGAGGUUCUUCGCUCGUGCAAUCUGUGCAAUCGUGUCUGUUAUUCUUCCAAGACUCGACUCCCCGGAAAGAGAGAGAGCCAUUUUCUUAGCGAGGAGAGAAAAGAUCGUAGAGAUCUCUUUCGUGGAUACGCCGCCACGUUCCAAAUUCGACUGUAUGUGAUAUGCGAUGUACAUAUUAUAUAGUAGCGUUCUAUUGUAUCUAUAUGUAUUAAUAGAAAUCAUUCGACUCCUGUAUAUUGAACGUAAUAAAAGUAAUGCGAUUCAAUCAA